CCUGCGACCAUGCGCACACUACGCGCACACGCUCUAAGCGUACUUUUGCUAUUUUUCUGCGUCGCUUGCGGAACGUGCGCUAACGAAUCUCCCAAUGCCGAAUACCCAACUCAGAGGACGCUUUGCUACGAUGGCGAAGGGGGAAAAUGUUUUUGUGACACAGACAAUAGAGUUGAAUGUGAGUUUACCGACAAUUUCGGCAAGGUGUCGUACAUAACCUCACACACAAGUGAUAGUUUCGAAAUGAACUGCGAAGGCGAUCCCAAAAACAUAAGCGCGCUUUUGGAGCAUGCACCAAGGAGAAAGGGCAGCAGUAUGGGGAAUGAGAUAGCAUUGCAAAUGACCAAUUGUAUGGAAAUACCACAGCGAUUGAUUAAACCGAAUGCAACAUAUGACUUAAAUAUCAGUUUUAAUAAGCCAGUGCCAAGGGAUUUCUUUUGGCGUAUAGAAAAUAUAGCCAGUUUAAUACUCAAUUACCAAGUCGGCGAAGAUGUUUUACAGUCGAAAAUAUUUAAAAAUAUUAAAAAUAUACGUCUGCUACAUUUCUUUGUAUUACCAGCGACAACGACUAGCCGCAAGAGUAGCGAAGCGCAUGCAGUACCUGCAGAUCUCUUCGAGCCGCUGUCGAAUUUAGAGGGUCUCUCUUUUCAACUUGACGGCUAUGAAAAUAUGCCGUCACGCAUUAGAUUACGUGGACUCUCCCGUAGCGUACAUUUGCAAAAUUUGCAAUCACUACGCUACUUUGCUUUGAGAGGCUUCGAAAUGGAACCGCUAACCGGCGAUCUUUUCUCAACAAUGCCACACUUGGAGUUUUUGUGGUUGCAGGGUUGCGGUUUGAAAGCGCUGCCGCAUGACCUACUAAAGGCACAACGCAAUUUGCUCGUGCUCAAUCUGAGCGAUAAUUUCUUGGAAGAUUUGCCAGCCGAACUGUUGAAGAAUACAAAACAGCUUUAUCAGCUUAACUUACGUGGCAAUCGCUUUAGCAAUGUGGUGAAUAUUAUAAGGAACAUAAGGUCGUUAAGCUUUCUACAUCGACUUGACCUCGCGGCGAAUUUACUCUACACCGUCAGGGGUUCGCAGGAAAAUGAGACGCUGUUGUCCAGUUUUAGGAACACCGUUGAGUUACCGGACGAAAUGUUAAAGAAAUUAGCAGAAAUACUGCCAUGGGAAAAUAAGCGGCCACCAGCCAAUCUGACAGUGAUAGAUCUGAGUCGCAACCGCAUAAGUGCAUUUAAUAAACCUUGGCUGGAUGUAGCACAGUUGCGUGAACCAUUUUUAUUGAAUAUUAGCGAUAAUAAAAUAAAAGCCAUACACAGCUUACACGCCUUGGUGGUAGACUCAAAUCAUUGCCGUGGCGAGAUCGAUCUGAUUGGCAACCCGCUGGUGUGCGACUGCAGUUUGGCUUGGAUCUACAACAACAAUCAGUGCAUACUUUCACCAAGCAACUUGCUUUGCUAUGAACCAACAACAACAAAGAAAGCUGUUUCAAUAUAUUACGCUGAUAGCACGGCGCUCUGUCCCUACUCACCCGUUAUGUGUCCAAAUGAGUGCGUUUGCGCCACAGUUGAUAAUUACCUGCAUAUAAAUUGCUCUCACGGUAAAAUCCAUACAUUGCCACGCCUACCACGUCCCGAGCAAGUAGCGGCGAACGGGACUAAACUCUCCAUUACACACAAUCACUUGAUUGCACUGCCUUCGAACACAUUCUUCGGUUAUGCGAAUGUCACACAGUUAAAUGUAUCGCAUAACGGUAUUACCGAACUACUUGUCGCUCAAUUGCCGGCGCAUUUGUCGCUGCUAGAUGUGCGUGAGAAUAGUUUGACUCAGUUACGCGCGGACUUCGUGCAAACUUACCUAAAUGACAGCCGUGCGCUGGUACAGUUAUAUCUCUCCGGUAACCCCUGGCGUUGUGAUUGCAGCGCUGAGCCAUUAUUGCACGCGUUGCGUGCGUUUCGCAAGCGUAUACCCGAUGCGGGGCUGUUGAUGUGCGCUAAUCUGCGAAAUGUACGAGUUUUAGAUUUCGACUAUCGACACACUUGCGGGGUCUAAAUUUGGAGAGCAGCACUUUGUUGUUGAAUUUACUUAUGUAUUUCUGGUUAAAAAUUGCGAAUAA